AUGUCAGGCGAUGAAAAUAUGUUCUUCAUCCUUCACUACUAUAAAAACCAAAAUCCAAGAUGGUUGAGGAAAUGUAGCUUCUUUGAAUGGAAAGAUGAAGAACAGGCAGACGGGUACUACAAAAACCUGUUAUAUUCUCUGAAGCAGAAAUUGGAUGCCAAAGAGGAACUGUCUGAGAUGAACAAAUUGAGGAGAAGGAUUGCUGAAGUGGAGUUUCUACUGUCACAGGAGCAGUAUAAGGUGGCAAAGAGUGAGAAAGAAGUUCAUGAUGCAAGGAAGGCAAUAAGCAGGUACAGGAUGAUAGUUGCCCUGUUGUUUGCUUGCUUGGCCCUAUGUGUUUUGAAGUUAGGGGGGGGGGGGUGA